CUGAACCUCUCCUCGCCCGGAAAAAAAGUAACCACUGCCGGGAUCGUCUUGUAUUCGCCGGCGUCUGAAGCGGAUGAGUCCGAGCUCAUAUUCUCCGGCCAUUGUUGCUGCGGCAGAAUGAAAUUAGUGAGAACUGAAAGUUGCUGCCUUUAUUCUCCGGCCAUUCCAGGCCUCACUCGAAUGAUGUGAAACCAUUCAGAAUUUUGAAGAGUGUCCUUUAAACCCUUACUAAUUCCCCCUGUCGCCAUUGGAACACUCCCAAGUCUCAACCUUUUUUCUACAACCAGUUAUUCAGAGAGAGCAAUGAGAAGAUGGGUCGCUAAGACCCUUCUGUCUCGUGCCGUUCCCUUUCAAAUCCCUCAUUCCUCGAUUACUACUCCCUUCUCCCAUUUUUCUCCGAUUCUCGCCCCCAGAUUGCUCUCCACUUCUCCCCCCGACACUCUAGAAGGUUUGGUCGACCCAGAGGACCCUUUUUUGCUGGAGAGUUCGCGGCCGGCGGAGUCGAUUUCGAGCGAAGAAUUCGCUCUUCUGCGGGAUUCUUUGUUGAACCCUGAUUCUGCUGGACAGCAGCAGUCGCGACCAGCUGGUAAGCAUUCAGACGAGGCAUUUCUAGUUGUUGAUGUAAUCGCGACUUGUAAUGAUCAGUUCGGGAAAGAAACCCAGAAGUUGCUUAGGCAGCAUAGGGACAAGUUAAGCGAAACUUUGGUUAUUGAGGUUUUGAAUUUGGUCAGAAGCCCUGAACUGGGCGUUAGAUUCUUCAUAUGGGCAGGUCGUCAAAUUGGGUACUCGCACAGUUUAGCUGUGUACAAUGCGUUGCUAGAGUUGCUGCAGAGGAACAACCAUGGCAGUACUGAUGAUAGAAUACCGGAGCAGUUCUUGCUGGAGAUUAGAAAUGAUGAUAGGGAAGUACUUGGGAAAUUGCUUAAUGUGUUGAUUCGCAAGUGUUGUCGAAACGGUAUAUGGAAUGUUGCUUUGGAGGAGCUGGGUAGACUUAAGGAUCAUGGCUACAAGCCCUCGAGAUCGACUUACAAUGCUUUGGUUCAAGUGUUUCUGAAAGCAGAACGGUUAGACACUGCUUCGCUGGUUCAUCGGGAAAUGUUGGGUUCAGGGUACACCAUGGAUGGUUAUACCUUGGGCUGUUUUGCAAAUUCUCUUUGUAAAGCUGGGAAGUGGAGAGAGGCCUUGAAGUUGAUCGAGGACGAGGAGUUCAAACCUGAUACUGUGCUUUUCACCAACAUGAUAUCUGGAUUGUGCGAAGUAUCUCAGUUUGAAGUAGCCAUGGAUUUCUUAACCAGGAUGCGUGUGUAUUCUUGUAUUCCAAAUGUAUUGACUUUCAGGAUUAUGUUAUGUGGGUGCUUGAAGAAGAAGCAGCUCGGUAGGUGUAAGAGAAUUAUCAGCAUGAUGAUCACAGAGGGUUGUUAUCCGAGUCCAGCCAUUUUUAACUCUUUGGUUCAUGCUUAUUGCAAGUCUGGAGAUUAUGCUUAUGCCUAUAAGCUUCUUAAGAAGAUGCCAAAAUGUGGGUGCCAACCGGGGUAUGUAGUUUACAACAUUUUCAUCGGCAGUAUUUGUGGUAUUCAGGAGAUGCCUGAUAUGAGUGUGCUGGAGUUGGCUGAGAAGGCGUAUAAGGAAAUGCUUGAUACAGGGGUUGUACUGAAUAAGGUUAAUGUUAGCAAUCUUGCAUUGUGUCUUUGCAAUGCUGGGAAAUUCGAAGAGGCGUAUAGUGUCAUUAGCCAAAUGAUGAGCAAGGGGUUUAUUCCUGAUACCAGUACGUAUUCAAAUGUCAUUACUUAUCUUUGUAAUGCAACCAAAGUAGAGAAGGCUUUUCUAUUGUUUCAACAAAUGAAGAGAGAUGGCGUUCCACCGGAUGUUUAUACUUAUACGACGUUGAUCGAUAGUUUCUGUAAGGCUGGUCUACUGGAGCAAGCUCACCGGUGGCUCAAUGAAAUGGAGAAAGAUGGUUGUGCCCCUAAUGUAGUAACUUACACAACUCUUAUUCAUGCUUACCUUAAAGCAAGGAAGGUCUCUACUGCCAAUGAAGUUUUCGAGGUAAUGUUGUCUAAGGGCUCAGUUCCUAAUGUUAUUACAUAUACAGCCUUAAUCGACGGGCAUUGUAAAGCGGGUGACAUUGAAAAGGCUUGUCUGAUAUAUGCAAGAAUGAAGAAGGAUAAGGCUGAGAAUUCAGAAAUAGACUUAUAUUUUAGGGUUGAUGACCCAGAUUCCGAGGAACCCAAUCUUUUCACAUAUGGGGCAUUGGUCGAUGGUUUGUGCAAAGCUCAUAAGGUCAAAGAAGCACGUGAUUUGCUAGAGGCAAUGAUGACAAAAGGUUUUCAGCCCAAUCAUAUAAUAUAUGACGCCCUUAUAGAUGGAUGUUGUAAGGUUGGUAAUCUAGAUGAAGCACAAGAAGUGUUUACCACGAUGAUCGAACAUGGUUACAAUGCAAAUGUAUAUACAUACAGUUCAUUGAUAGAUAGGUUGUUUAAAAAUAAAAGAUUAGAUCUCGCCUUGAAAGUCUUGUCCAAAAUGCUCGAGAAUUCUUGUGCACCAAAUGUUGUUAUCUAUACUGAGAUGAUUGAUGGUCUGUGCAAAGUUGGAAAGACCGACGAAGCAUAUAAACUUAUGGUCAUGAUGGAAGAAAAGGAGUGUUUUCCAAAUGUUGUGACCUAUACAGCAAUGAUUGAUGGCUUUGGGAAAUUGGGAAGAGUUGAUAAAUGCCUUUGGUUAUUUCAAAAGAUGACUUCCAAGGGCUGUGCUCCGAAUUUUGUCACUUACAAGGUUUUGAUAAAUCAUUGUUCUGCAGCUGGUUAUUUGGAUGAAGCUCUUAAGCUUUUGCAAGAGAUGAAAGAGACUCACUGGCCAAGGCAUGUAGCAGGGUAUCGUAAAGUUAUCGAAGGUUUCAGUAGAGACUUUAUUGCUUCUCUGGGGCUGUUGGAUGAGCUGAGUGAGAAGGAAUCCGUGCCAGUUGCCCCUGUUUACAGGGUUCUGAUAGACAAUUUUACUAAGGCUGGAAAGCUAGACAUAGCUCUAGAACUGUACAAAGAAGUCUCGCCUAUUUUGUCAUCAUCAGAUGCUAACCGGAUUAUGUAUGUUUCUUUGAUCGAGAGCCUUUCACUUGCAAAUAAGGUUGAUAUGGCUUAUGAGUUGUAUGCAGACAUGAUUGGGAAAGGUAUUGUUCCGCAGCUAAGCACAUUUGCUCACCUUAUCAAGGGUCUGCUGAGAUUAAACAAAUGGGAUGAAGCAUUGCACUUGUUAGAUGGCAUUUGCCAGAUGGUAGGUGGAAUUACUGCCAUUGAAGGAGGUUGGAUUCCUCCUCUUCGAAGUGAGCCAUCUUUUGAAGAUUGAAGGAAGCGUAAGAUUCAAUGUUUACUAUGUGAAGAAGCAAACUGGUCUGCUAGCACCAGAAGUUCAAUGCAGGCAGACCACUGGUUGAUAGACGACUUCUGUGCAGUAACACAGAAUGGUUUCAUGAUCUGGGUUGCUAAGCUUGCUGCCUCCUGGGCUCACUUAGGCGGCCGUAAUGGUUAUCAACCAGAGGGUUCAAAAUGAUAGAAGAGCAAGCGAGAGCCUGAAAGAAUCUGUUGUGGAAGUGGAUCAUUCCUGGUGUAUACAAUACCCUAUCGUGCAGAUGGUUUUAGAGACCAUUUUUUCUCCAAUAUGCCAUCGGAGAUUUGAGAGAGAACUGGCGGAGAUGGAUUUUAGAAACUUGAUUUCAUGGUUCCUGUUGAGACUCGUGGUAACCACUAUUACAUUUGAUGAACCUUCCAAGCAUCUAUGCCGAGUCUUUCAAGGCCACGGCUAAACAAAGUUGUAUGUAAAGAAGGUACACCCAUUUGAGCCCAGCCUACAUGGUGGUAUAGUCUGGACGAUCGAGUUUCAGCUGGGCGUCAUUAGCAGCCUGAUGAAUGAUGAUGCAUUUCAGGAUGAAAACGAUCGAGUUUGCAAGGUGCUCAUACAUUGAACGUAGGCGGUAAAGUAAUGGAUUGACUUUGGUUAGCAGGUUUGUUUACACCAAGGCAAUGCCACAAUGAUCAACUCGGCCUAGUUUCUUUUUGUGGCUGCGGCUGUUGUAGUUGCUAUAAUAUUGAGGCUAAUGCUGCUGAGCAGAUGUUGAUAUUUCAAUCAUCAGCAUAGAUCAUGUAAUUUACAUUCAUAUAUAUUGUUACAAGGAUCAUUAUUCAUCCUCGUCUGAAUAAAAUACAGCCAUUUGAGACGAUCCACAGUUGGUUUCCUGUAUAUGGGAGACCUAUGUUGGCUGCAGAUUCUUUUGGACAGAUUGGCACUACAGAAAUCUGGUUACACUAUUCCUCACCUGACUCCUAAAAGACUUCAUAU